AUGGCCGCGGCCGCGAAGCUCACGCGGACCUUCUCGCGCCAGUUCUCGUCGGGGGCGGCGCGGGUGUGGCGCCAGCUCUCGCUCGAGCCGCAGCGCACGCCGCGCCGCGCCGGCGCUGCGGCGGCGGGGCCGGCCGUGACGCGGUUCGGGCUCGCCAGGCAGUCCUCGCUCGACCCGACGCCGGCGGCGGAGUCGGCGUCGCCGCUGGCCAUGCCGGAGAACCUGGACGCCACCAUGCGGCUGCUCUACGCGGCGUGCCAGGGGGACGCGGCCGGGGUGGAGGAGCUGCUGCGCGAGGAGGGCGUCGACGUCGACAGCAUCGACUUCGACGGACGCACCGCGCUGCACAUCGCCGCCUGCGAGGGCCGCGGGGAGGUGGUGCGACUGCUGCUGGGGUGGAAGGCCAACAUCAACGCACGCGACCGAUGGGGGAGCACGCCUGCAGCGGAUGCCAAACAUUACGGCCAUUUUGAAGUAUACACCCUUCUCAGAUCAAGAGGAGCAAAACUUCCGAAAACCAAAAAGACUCCAAUGGUUGUGUCCAAUCCCAAAGAAGUGCCGGAGUAUGAACUGAACCCGCUCGAACUUGAAUUCAGAAGAGGAGAGGAGGUCACCAAGGGUUACUAUGUGGCAAAAUGGUACGGCUCCAAAGUGUUUGUGAAGAUACUUGACAAAGACAGCUUCUCGGAUGGAGAUAGCCUAGAUGCAUUCAAACACGAGCUUACUUUACUGGAGAAAGCGCGUCAUCCCAAUUUGGUCCAAUUUGUGGGAGCUGUUACACAAAAUGUACCACUGAUGAUUGUUUCAGAAUACCACCACAAAGGUGAUUUAGCCACUUAUCUUGAGACGAAAGGUCGACUGCACUCUUAUAAAGCUAUCAGAUUUGCCCUGGACAUUGCAAGGGGACUAAAUUAUCUUCACGAGUGCAAGCCAGAGCCAAUCAUCCAUGCUGAUUUGUCACCAAAAAAUAUUGUGCGGGAUGAUGAAGGAAAACUUAAGGUGGCAGGCUUUGGCUCACUUAGUCUGAUAAAAGUCUCAGAAGACAGGUUACAAAUGGCUCAGCCAGUAUCAAAAUUUGACAGUGUGUACAUUGCUCCUGAGAUAUACAGAAACGAAACAUUUGAUAGAAGUGUGGAUACAUUUGCAUUCGGUCUCAUUCUUUACGAGAUGAUUGAAGGAUCUCCUGCAUUUCACCCAAAGCCUCAAGAGGAAGCAGCCAAGAUGAUUUCAUCUGAGGGAUUGAGACCAUUAUUCAAGAAUAAACCCAAAUCAUAUCCAGAGGAUGUGAAACAGCUAAUACAAGAGUGCUGGGAUCCAACACCUUCUGUCAGGCCAACGUUCUCAGACAUAAUUGUACGCCUGAACAAGAUAUCUGCAAGUUGUUCUAAUAAGCAAACCCGCUGGAGAGACAACUUCAAGCUACCAUGGAAACAAGCUGCCCAUAGAUAGCCUGGACUUCGAUGAGGCCCUCGCCAAGAUUUUCCCCCUUCUGCGCAUAUGUUAGUAAACACGGUGAAGAUUAUAUCAAUACACGGGACAGAAGCUGUUCCAUUUACAAGGUUUUUGUACGUCCAGUUAUAAUUUCUUGUUUGUUUCUAUACCCCUAUUCAACUGUCCACGAGUAUGUUUUAUCUGAAAGAGGACAAUGUAUUAUGUUUCUGGAUGUUGCAAAUAUGCUCAUACCUUA